CUUCGACCAUAGAUUCAGAAAACACGUCAUGUAUCGAUAGCAUUGGCAUUUACCGGCGUUCUCAACUUUUCACGUUUUCAUUUCAGGAUGGAUCGUCAUCAGCGCGUUGUCGCGCAAGUCGCGUCAAAAGUCAAAGACUACUUCACGCGCAAAGAGCCUUUCCGGAUAUCUCACGGCUCGACCAACAGCACGCGUCCAAAUCUUAAGAAGCAUGUCGUAGACAUCAGCGCUCUACGAAAUGUCAUCAGUGUUGACACGCAAAGCAAGACGGCGCUUGUUGAGCCAAAUGUGCCUAUGGAUCGCCUCGUAGAAGCUACGCUACCGCAUGGUCUUGUGCCACCCGUCGUGAUGGAGUUUCCUGGUAUCACUGUUGGUGGAGGUUAUGCGGGAACGGCAGGCGAGAGUAGCAGUUUCAAGUUCGGCUUCUUCGAUCGUACCAUCAAUGAGGUGGAGAUGGUCAUGGCUGAUGGUGAGGUGACCAAGGCUAGCGAAAAGAAAAAUGAAGACCUCUUCAGAGGAGCUGCUGGUGCCGUCGGUACCUUAGGCGUUACUACGCUGGUCGACUUGAAGCUCAUUGAGGCUAAGAAAUACGUCAAGACAACAUACUAUCCUACACGUAGCGUUGCUCAAGCUGUCAAAGAAGUCGAAGAUCAUACCCGAGGCGACAGGGGGGAGAAGAACGACUACGUCGAUGGAAUUUUAUUCAACAAAGAGCAUGGUGCUAUCGUUACAGGUGAGAUGACGGAUGAGCUUCCACCAAAUACCAAACCACAAACUUUCAGUAACCCCUGGGACCCAUGGUUCUACCUGCAUGUCGAAAACGCAACACGAGAUUCUACCAAGCCAGUCAUAGAGUACAUACCGUUGGCCGAGUACAUGUUCCGCUACGACCGUGGGGGCUUUUGGGUUGGUCGAUCCGCUUUCAGUUAUAUGCGCUUUCCCUUCAAUAAGUAUACUCGAUGGUUCCUCGACGACUUCCUUCAUACACGCAUGCUCUACCGAGCUCUCCAUGCAUCGGGCAUUGCAACACGCUACAUCGUUCAGGAUAUGGCCUUGCCCUAUCCGAAUGCCGAAAAGUUCAUCGACUACACCGAUAAGACGUUCAAUAUCUGGCCUCUAUGGCUCUGUCCUUUGAAGCAAAGCCCACAACCAACAAUGCAUCCCCAUACCAAAGGCAACCUAAAGUCAGACCAGAUGCUUAACAUUGGCCUCUGGGGUUUUGGUCCCAAAGACCCAACCACUUACCUUCACAAGAACCGCGCGCUAGAGAAGACGCUUGGCGAGAUGGGUGGUAUGAAGUGGCUAUAUGCGCAAACCUAUUAUAGCAAAGAUGAAUUCUGGGCACAGUUCGACCGCAAAUGGCAUCAGGGAUUGAGGAAGAAAUACAACGCAGAGAUGCUGCCAGAAGUGUAUGACAAAGUGCAUGUCGAUAUCGAAAAGUAUACGAACAUGGCGAAUAAGGAUCUAGGAUUAAAACUAAGGAGCAUCUGGCCAUUGGGCGGAUUUUGGGGUAUCUGGAAGGCCAUCCAAAGUAAAGACUACAUGAUUGCGAGAAACUCGACGUGGAGGUCGAGAAGCUAGAAGUGUGCUCUUCUUGAGGAGAAACAAAGGUCUAGAGGAAAGCAUAGCUAUAUGAUCUGAUACAACGGUGAUGAAGCGGCUUGCGCAACCGGCAAAAGUCGUGCGUACAAAACCUUCUGCCUACCUACAGCUUCCAUAAACCAUACUCUCUACACUCAGA